CAUAUUCCAUGUCUUCUGUGGGAAAGAUUAUCGUUUUAUCAAGCUAGAGGUUACAUUGUGAAAUGCAACGUCUAAUCGCUAAGAACAAAAAAUGUGUUGCACCUCAUCCGUGAUUAAUCAGUACCUAGCAGUUUUUAGCAUGAAUUUGCUAAGUAUUAGUUAUGGUAUGGCCACCGCCUGGUCUUCGUCAAGUAUUCCGACAUUGAAAUCACUUGAAACACCAAUAAACUAUGGAAUUCCAAUGACGGAUUCACAGAUAUCGUGGAUUACUUCGUUGUUAGGCCUGGGAGGUCUUGUGGGAACUAUGGUAACUGGCCCAAUGGCAGAUAUUUUUGGAAGGAAGAAGACAUUAUUGGCCUUAGCUUUACCACAUUUUGCGAGUUGGAUACUUAUACUUGCUGCAACGGAUGCAACUUUACUUUGUGUAUCCCGAUUUCUCGCAGGCUUUGGUUCUGGUGGAGUGUUUGUCGUUAUACCAGUUUAUACAGCUGAAAUUGCAGAAGAUCGUAUUCGUGGAAAAUUAGGCUCGUUGUUGGUGUUAUCAGUGAAUUUUGGAAUUUUAUUAGGAUUUAUUGCCGGCCAUUAUCUAUCUUUCUUUACCAUCCCUAAAUGUGCACUGUGGUUUCCAGUCAUAAGCUUUGCUACGUUCAUUUUCUUUCCGGAAUCACCCAUUCAUUUGCUUAGAAAAAAUAAAGUGAAUGAUGCUGUGAACGCGCUGCAGAUAUAUCGCAACUUUCAUAGAAUGUCGAAACAGAAUUUAGAUUUUUAUCAGAUUGAGUUGGAUAAGCUCAUUAAUACAAAAGUGGACCGUGGCUCAGAUAGCAAUAUUACGUGGAAAGACUUCCAGCAAAGGUCUACGUGGAAAGCAUUUUUGAUCGGAUUGUUGACAGUUCUUCUGCAUUCAUUCUCCGGUGUGUUUGUGAUGAUGAAUUACACAGCCUCCAUCUUCGCACAGGCUGGUUCUCAGUUAUCUCCUAACGUUGCUGCAAUUUUCGUUGGCCUUAUUCAACUAAUUGGCACUUACUGCUCAACACUUUUGGUCGACCGACUCGGAAGGAAACCAUUACUAACAACGUCAUCCCUGUCUACUGGACUGUCUCUAUUCAUAUUUGGUAUUUAUUCAUAUUUAACGUCUUUAGGAUAUGAAACGUCCGAGUAUGGCUGGAUUCCUAUCGUCACCUUUUCUUCAAUGCUAUUUACAGCAGCUUGUGGCAUAAUUCCGUUACUCACUGUCAUCAUUUCUGAAUUAAUGCCCGAUAAACUACGAACUUUUGGAGCAAUGUUGUGCAUAUGUGUAUCUUGGGCACUCGCAUUCAUCACAGUUUAUUGCUUUCCAUCGCUAGUCGUAGCCAUGGGACUACAUGGUUGCAUUUUAUUUUUUUCCGGAUCGUGUUUCGUCGGAGCAGCAUUCGUUCUAUUUUAUAUGCCGGAAACGAAAGGGAAAAGUUUCAACGAAAUUCGUCAAGCUUUGGAAAAGUAGUAGAAAUGUAAAUUAGAAAUUAUAUCAGAGAUAAGUUUU